UUUCUCUCUACAAAACCUCCAAUCAAAAAGAUUCGAUUUUAUAUGCGACGCCACGACUUCGACCAAUCCCAUCUCUCUCUCUAGAAUCCUCCAUUCAUCUCUCUCUCUCUCUCUCUCUCUCUCUCUCUCUCUCUCUCUCUCUCUCUCUCUCUAAAAACCUCCAUUAAUCUAAUAUUCAUUCUCUCUUCUUCAUCUCUUAUUUAUUGUCUUUAAGAAGUUUAUUCCUUUUCUUGAUUCUACAGAUUCCAUUAUUCGCCUUUCCAGUUCUUUCUCAUUGGCUUACUUCGGAUUUUUCUAUGUUCUAUUUCCAUCCAACCCACCCAUUUCUUCCUUAAAUAAACCCUUUUAUUCGUUUCGUUUUUCCAAAAUCAACCAUGGAUUUCGUCGAUAAUUUUCUGGAUAUUCGAGUCGGAUUGGAUUUGAGUAACUAUGCUGAUGCUUUGGAUCGAGAACGACAAAAAAUUCAAGUCUUCCACCGAGAACUUCCCCUCUGUUUGGAGCUCGUCACUAGAGCUAUUGAUUCUUGCCGGCAGCAGUUGUCUGGGGUGUCGACAGAGAGCUCCGAACAUACAUCAAGCGAUCGCCCUGUUUUGGAGGAGUUUAUUCCUAUUAACAAACCUUGUGUGAAUUCCCAUUUUGAAAUUGAAGAAGAUGAACAAUCAAAACCCGGGAAAAUUGAAUUGGGUCGAUCGGAUUGGCUCAAAUCGGCUCAGCUUUGGAAUCAAUCGCCAGAUCCUCCGAUUACAGAGGAUGUUGCUAAGGAAACGACGUCGUCGGUUGUUGAGGUCAAAAAAAAUGGCGGUGGCGGUGCUUUUCAACCAUUUGAAAAAACAACUCCACUGAAAACAGAGACGGCUGUGGUAGUCGGUAAAACGGCCGGUUCUUCUCCAAUUCCGGAGGCAACAACGAGUUCGACGGCGGAAACCGCUUCCAAAUGUGGCGGAGGAACUACUAAACGAGAAGAUAAGGAAUCUCAGAGUCAAAGAAAACAGAGGCGGUGCUGGUCGUCAGAGUUACACCGGCGAUUCGUUCACGCCCUUCAACAGCUCGGCGGUCCUCACGUUGCUACACCAAAACAAAUCAGGGAGUUAAUGAAGGUCGAUGGACUCACUAACGAUGAAGUCAAAAGCCAUUUACAGAAGUACCGAUUGCACGCAAGGAGACCAACAAAUUCAGCAAUGCAAGACAGCGGCAGCUCAUCGGCGCCGCAGCAAUUCGUGGUGGUUGGAAGCAUAUGGGUUCCACCACCACCUCCACCGAAAUACACGGUGGCAACGACAGCAAAAGGGAGAAAUGGGAUUUAUGCUCCGGUGGCGACGGCGGUAGGACGGCAGACGACGGCAGAGGAAGGGAAGGCGAGCCACAGCGGAGGAAUGGUUCAUUCAAAUUCGCCGGCGACGUCUUCCUGCACCCAUACCACUACAAAUUCGCCCUCCGCGGUGUAGGAAUUUUGUUUAUUAAAAUUAUGGUAAAAUGUUGGAUAAAAAUUUUGUAAGUACAAUGAAAUAUCGAUAAAGGCAUGUGAUAUACAUAAGAUUUUCACGUGAA